AGCUAUCUUUCAUCCCAUCUUUUUCUCCAUAGCUGGACUCCCGCAACCUUGUUCUUCAUCUAUAACCCCUGAUAACCCCCUGCCUUCUCGUCAUUGUUGAAGCCCCGCCGACUGUUUCUCCCUCCUCAUAAUAUCUCAUCCUUCGUAGCCGCUCCCACCUAAUUAAUACAGUAACUAUUCCGCUAUGCCCAUUCGCAACCCAUUUGCGCGCCGGCCCGGGCCAGCGGUUCAAGAGGAGAGCCAGCGACCCGGCUCGGCCGCCGGGACCGCUGACCCCGCGCACCCCGGCUUUGAGAGGGUAGAUACAGUUGGGUCGAAGGCCUCGUCGGCGUUCAGCAUUCGCAGCAGACGGAGCCAGGAUACGGGCGAGUACAAGCUGAGUGUGGUCAACGACAGCGGUGUUUACCUACCGCCAUCUCCUGUCGAAAAAGAAACCCCCUGGCCCCGCCGCUACUUGGGACGCACGUCCAGUGAGAGGAGUAGCAUCGCCAGCGGCAGCGGCGAGAUCGAGCACUUCUCCAUCUCGCGCGAGUCUUUUGACUCGUACAGGCGGUCUUUUGACAUCUGCGCCAAGAGCCCCGUUGUCAUCGCCGACCCGCCCGCAGGCCUCCCAGCUAGGCAGAGCCUCGACUCGUAUCGGUUUCCGCGCUCGCCGUUGCGCUUCCCCGCGGGACCGAGGUCGCCUUUAGCUAGUGACCAGCCGCAGGUGCAGCCGCACCGCUGGGACCAGGAGCCCCGCGCGCUAGAGGAGGAAGGGGUUGGCGGCGGCGGCGGUGGUGGUGAUGGUGAAGGUGGUGAAGGCGGUGAACGAGACGAGAAGUUUGAGGAUGUGGGCCUGGACGAUGAUGAGAACCACACCGGCGGCAACGGCGAGCAUCACGAUGAGAGUCUGAAACACUCAUGGCUGCGGACGCAGUCGCAGCCGCAGCCGAGGAAGAGGAGCUUUUUCUUCACCAAGUUUGGUGGCUCUGACAGUGCUGCCGCUGCCGCGGCGGAUACGGGUACGGGUGCGGGUGCGGGUGCGGGUGCGCCGCCGCCGCCGGUGGUAGAGGAGGGUGGCACGGCCUUGUCCAUCUCCCGGUUCUUGCCCCUGUCCGGGGGAAGGAAAAAAGAUCCGAGCGGCGGGCAGGCGGCAGAGUUGGGCGCCAUGAGGCCUGUUGCCGCGGGGCGGGACAGUGGGCUGGAGAGGGCGGACACACCGGUGGCUGGGCUGCGGGUGCAGGAGGUUGAGGGUUGAGGCGGGCACGUCCCGUCGUGUGUCUUGGUGUGUUUUCCCAGUUGGUAGGUUCUGGAUCGGACUGGAGUGUCUGAUGGAUCAACGAGCGCCACCCGCAGUGCUGGUGGUGCUUUGCUAGACCGGCUCAUGAUGAACGAAGGAGAUGACGGCGUUGCGGUUAGAUCCAGGGUUGACGACUUGACGCGGGCUUGUGUCCUUGAGACAGAGAUAGUACGCAGAUCACUUAAUGAUAGCAAGUAAUAAUUUUCAAA